UAAUCCGCAAUGUCGUCCGUCACUGCCAUACUUGUUUUGAGUUUUGACUUUUAUUUUCGUAUUUUUCACUGGUAUAGUUUAAUUUUAAUUUAUGAUGAAUUUAAGUGUGUAAAACUUAAAUGUGCAUAAUAUGCAACUUGGAAUUGAACUCAUAUUUUUUUAACUAUGAGCCGUAUUACAUGGUAACGGCCGUAAAAUAUGACUGUACUGUUAUUAUUUCUAUUAAGAAAUUAUUUUAAUGAUCAGAAGAUAAUAUUUCUUCAAGAUAAAUAAUAAAAUUAUAUCGAUCAUUAUUAUUCAGCAACAACUUAAAAAAUGUUGUUAAGAAAGUUAUUGAGCAUGAGCACAAGGAGGGUUAUACAUUUACGUUUUAUUUCAUCAAAACAAAGUGAGAACAUUGUAAUAUUUUGCAACCAUCUAGGUAUAAGUAAAGAAAAAGCAGAGUACAUCCAGAUUAAACAGCCAUACUUAAAGAAAAUAAAUGAAGAAGAAAUUAAAAAUUUGAUCAAUACGGUUUAUGAAAUUGGUUAUCCAAAGGAUGUAUUGGUACAACAUUCCCAUCUUUUUUCGAUGUUACCAAUAACUAUCAUAAAUAGAUACAAGAUAUUAGAAGAAUGUGGAUGUCAAAAUAUCAGACCCGAUCAACUCUUAUCUUACCUAACAAUUAUGAAACAAAAAACAAUUGGUGAAUUAAAAAAGGCAGAUAUACUACCAGCCAUGUUAAAUGUAGAAAAUAAACUAGCAAGCUGUAUGACUCAAUGGCCCACUUCUUUGACAAGUCUUAUUUAUGAAGACGUCAAUUUAAUAACAUUGUACAAUCUACGGAUUAAAAUAAUUCAGAGGUAUCUUGAAUUAAUGCUGGACCUCAGUAAUGAAGAGUUUUAUAGAGGCCUGAAAACGUAUCCCACAAUAAAACAUCGGCCAUUGAAAGCUAUCAAUGAAACACUAGUCAUUUUGCAGUCACAGCUUGCAAUACCCAAUUAUAAAAUAAAAUCUAAUUUAUACUUGAUACAUGUUGAUCCAGAUAAUCUAAAGAAAAUAUUAUAUGAUAUUCGAACGUUAGGUGGGAUUGAUGUUAAGGAAGUAAUACGGAUGUAUCCAAAGAUAGCUACUAAAAAUUAUUCAGCUCUGAUUGAGAUGAGUAAAGUUCUAGAGAAACAUGGCUUGAAACCGGAAGCACAGGCUCGUUGUCUAGAAAUAUUUACACUCAGUCCAAAGACUGUUGAUGAAAGGAUAGAACAUGCAAAAACCACUCCUGAAUUCAGCAUUUAUAUUGACCAUCCACGAUUCUUGAAAAUGAUAUAUUUUAACAAAACAGUAUUGAAGAGGAUUACAGUUUUACGAAACAAUAAUAAAAAAUGUCUUAGUCUCAACAUAUUAUCAGGUAGUAGUGCACGUUAUGAAAUAUUCGAGAAGUCUCCUGGAGAUAGAUUAGGAAAAGGAAAAGAUCUGGUAUUUACCAUUGAUCAGCUGUUGGAAAAUAAAUAUUCAAAGAAAGAAAUACGAAAUGUAAUAAGAAAGCAUCCAUUCUGGAUAAAUAUACCUCUGAUUGAAGUGAAAUAUGUUUAUGAUAAGUUAUCAAAACAAUUUUCACAGCAAGACAUAUUUGAAAACUGUGUUAUUCUUCUAUAUCCUUGGUACAAAAUAAAUGAAGCUCUGGAAAUAAUCAACGGUGUAAGCAGUAUAAAUAUUGAGAAUUAUUUAAAAGAGCACAUAAACUUUUCAAGUCUUUCAAUGUCCCAAAAGUUAAGUUUAGUUCUGUACAUUGUUGAAAAAAAACAUUACUUCAGUGGAAAUGGUGUUUGGACUGAAGAACAAAAAAAGAAUAUAGCUCACUUAUCAGAUUCAAAGGCAAAAGAUGUUCAGCAAAUAAUAUAAAUUUCAAAACAA